CCGCGCCCGGCCCGGACCCUCACGGUGCCGGCCUCGACUUCUCUGCAGGGAAUCUGGCGCAUCCCUGUGGACGAGAUCGACCGGCCGGGCAGCUUCGCGUCUCACAUGAACCGCUCCAUCGUCCUGCUGCUGCAGGUGCUGUCGCAGCUCAAGGACUAUGGCACGCUGCUGAGGGUGUCCUCCAUGCUGCAGAGGACGCCCGACCAGGGCAAGAAGUACUUGCGGGAUGCGGACCGCCAGGUCUUGGCCCAGCGGGCCUUCGUCCUCACGGUGAAGGUGCUGGAGGAGACGCUGACUGAGCUGACUGAGGGCUCCGAGGGCCGCAGGAUGACCACCGACAUCUCCAGCAAGCCGGGCGCCGAGGACGGCGGCGAGGCCCUUCCCAAGAAGCCGGCUCUGUCCGACGGGGCCGCGGCUCCCGGCCACGGGCCUCCCCCCGCCGACCCGGCCGAGCCCGGCGCCCCGAAGGAGCGGCCCCGGCCUCUCCCUGACUGCCAGGCAGGCCCACUAGGAUCCCAGAGGUCUUGGCUAGUGCUUCGAGGCCCAGGAGGUGAAAACGGGGCAGAGGACAGCUCAGCUGGAGGGUAUAAGAGGAGGCCAGAUAAGCCUGGGGUCCUCGAAUGCCCAAAGGGGCCAGGCCAUGUGGGGCCGGCCGGGAGCAGGGGGGAGGCAGCGCCGCGGGGAGCGACACCAGCACCCCCCGCCAGCCACAGCCUUGACCUAAGCGAAGCCGUGGCCAGGAGCGCUCAUGAUCUGUUUCUUCUUUCUCUUUCCUCGUGCCCACAGGCCACGGGGGACACCCCCACCACGCCCAAGCCCCCCAAGGACGGCAGGGAGAGCUUCUUCUGGGCCAGCACAGCAGCCUCUCCAGCCCUCCAGCCUGCAUCCUCGAACCCUGACACGGCCCCUCCCGAUGUCCUGCCACGGCCCAGUGAUGCACUGCCCAAGGCCAAGCCAGCCUCAGCCUCCAAGGACCCCGAGGCCCUUCCGAGCGGGGCCUGUCCCGCUCCAGGGGAGGAGCCGGCAGCAGGCGGCCACUCGGGAUCUCAGCAGCCGGAGACCCAGCUCGGGCCGCAGGCGGACGCCGUCGCCAUGAACCACCCUGAGCUGGGGCCCGCGGAGCCUGGAACUGGCCCCGGCACGGCCCGUGCCUGCAGCCAGGCGUCCAGCUCCAAGGCUUCGGGAAGCCCGGCCCCCCGGGCAGAGCCCCCCCGGGUAAAGGCCCGCCUGCUGCCCUCCAUGCCCAAGCUCGUCAUCCCCUCCGCCAUGGCCAAGUUCCCCCCCGAGAUCACCGUCACCCCCCCGACCCCCACGCUCCUGUCCCCCAAGGGCAGCAUCUCCGAGGAGACUAAGCAGAAGCUGAAGUCGGCCAUUCUGAGCGCCCAGUCCGCCGCCACCGUGAAGAAGGAGAGCCUUUGCCAGCCGGCCCUGGAGAUCCUGGAGAUGUCCAGCCAGGAGUCGUCCCUGGAGAGCGAGAGCGACGAGGACGACGACUACAUGGACAUCUGACCUGCCGCCCGGCCCGGCUCUGGGGCCCUUUUUACGAGGCCGGCACAGAGCGGAUCAGGCAGUGCAUUUGGAGGAACCCCCCGUGCCGGCGGCAUCUUUUUCCACCAGGCGUCGGCUUUGUAAGAUGGGGGAGGCGGCGCCGCUGACACCGCGUGGGCCGGCGGCGGCUCCGCUCUCGGCCGCCACAGAUUUUUUUCUAAUAAAGUGGAAACGUGUGUGGU